AUGCUGGCACGUACUGUUUCGCGCAGCGUGCCCUUCCGGGCCGUCGCCCGUCAGACCUUGAGCAAGACCUCCACCCGUGCGUCUUCCUCGUCCGCCGGUGCCGAAUCCGCCAGCUCCCCCUUCCAGCUCACUCUCACUGCCUCCGUCGCAACCGCCGCCGCUAUCGGGUCGGCCGCCUGGUACUACCAUCUCUAUGGACAGGAAGCUUUCGCCUCGACGCCUGCCGAGGAGGGAUUGCACCCGACUGCCUACCCUUGGGAGCAUGCCAAGUGGACCAAGACCUUCGAUCACGCCGCCCUCCGCCGUGGUUUCCAGGUUUACCGUGAAGUCUGCGCCAGUUGCCACUCCCUGACCCGUGUUCCCUGGCGUUCGUUCGUCGGUGUUAUGCACACCGUCGACGAGAUGAAGGCUUUCGCCGAAGAGAACGAGUACGACACCGAGCCCAACGACCAGGGCGAGAUCGAGAAGCGCCCCGGAAAGCUGUCGGACUACAUCCCCGCUCCCUACAAGAACGAGGAGGCUGCCCGUGCUGCCAACGCCGGUUCUCUGCCCCCCGAUCUCAGCUUGAUCGUCAAGGGCCGUCACGGUGGCUGCGACUACAUCUUCAGUCUUCUGACCGGUUACCCCGAUGAGCCCCCUGCUGGUGCUACCGUCCAGGAGGGCAUGAACUUCAACCCUUACUUCCCCGGAACUGCUAUUGCUAUGGGCCGUGUUCUCUUCGACGGUGUCGUUGAGUACGAGGACGGCACCCCCGCCACCACCUCCCAGAUGGCUAAGGAUGUCGUUGAGUUCCUCAACUGGUCCGCCGAGCCCGAGAUGGACGACCGUAAGAAGAUGGGUGUCAAGGCCCUCACUCUUCUGACCGGUCUGUUCGCCCUCAGCGUCUGGGUCAAGCGUUACAAGUGGUCCCCCAUCAAGACACGAAAGAUUGUGUACAGCCCCCCUGUUUCCCGGCGCUAA